CGGUCCAAUCCAAGCGAAAGAAACCCUAGCUCGCACGCCCGCCCUCCCGGCCACCUCCAGCCGCCAGCGAUGGACCGCAAGCGCAUCAACGACGCCCUCGACAGGCACCUGCGGAGCGAGAGGUCGUCGCCCUCCACAUCCCGCGCCGCCAAGCUCCCCUCCUCCAUCCCGCCCACCAAAGAGCAGCUGGAUUCCGACAGCGAGGAAGACAACAGUGCCUCCGAGGGGGACGACGACACCUUCUGGAUCAACUGGUUCUGCAACCUCAGAGGCAACGAGUUCUUCGCCGAGGUCGACGACGACUACAUCCAGGACGACUUCAACAUGUGCGGCCUCAGCACCCAAGUGCCGUAUUACGAUCACGCGCUCGACCUCAUCCUCGACCUCGAGCCAGUUCAGGGUGAUGUGUUUGCUGAGGAGCAGAAUGAAUUGAUCGUGGCGGCCGCGGAGACGCUUUACGGCUUAGUUCAUGCCCGGUACAUCUUGACCACUAAAGGCUUGGCUGCAAUGUUGGACAAGUUCAAGAACUGUGACUUUGGAAGGUGCCCUCGUGUGUCCUGUGGUGGCCAGCCUUGUUUGCCAGUGGGGCAGUCUGAUGUUCCGAGGUCCAGUACUGUCAAGAUAUAUUGCCCAAAAUGCGAAGAUCUCUACUACCCAAGAUCGAAACACCAAGCAAACAUUGAUGGAGCUUUCUUUGGGACGACGUUUCCUCAUCUUUUCAUGAUGGCACAUUCACACUUGAAGCCACCGAAGCCAUCACAGCAAUAUGUUCCCCGGAUAUUCGGCUUCAAGGUUCAUAAGAAAACAUGAGUGUAUUUAUUUUGGCGGUGCACUGGUUGCUGCUUCUUUCUGGUAGUCAUCUGGAGAUACGGACAAGCAUGGAAGCAUGAAAAUGGUACUAAAAGAAACACCGAACAAGCAUGCCCCAUUUUUUUUUGAAGGUUACUGCCCUAGUGAAAAGAAAAGAAAUCUUGGCAGCCACAUUUGUUGAAGGAAGAAAUCUCAAGGAGCACCUCGUGUCAUGUUGUAUGGUCUGAUGAUCUUCGUGAAAUGGCAUGUUGCUCUGUUUUGAUUUAGAAAUGCCAUAAGCUGGUGUAUCUGUUUGUAUCCUAAUGUAUUCCACUCUUCCUUAUCUGCUCUGAUUUACGGGCGGAGGAAAUCAUGGAUACUAAGAUGCUGCAAGUUUAAUGAAGUGUUUACUGCGGGAAUGGACCUCC